CACUCCUGACAGUUGUUUAUUCUCACGUGUCUUUGACUGUAGUUAGAGCUUCACUUUGAAUAAUUAGUUUUCUAAUGAAGAGCUUUAAAUUUGAUGGUUAAAAAGAAUCGCUGUCGUCCAUUGACAAGAUGAUACGCAAAGAUGAUCGGCCUUCAUCAAGUUUAUGUGUAUUUUGCGUUGCAUUUAUCUGUUCUCUACAAUGGAUAACUGUUGAUUCACAGACAAUAUACAGGUUAGGUACCGACUGCGGUACCACUAGUACUAUCACAGAAAAGAGCAACACACAGUUAGAAUUCGAUGGACGCUAUGACGGAGAUAAAGUAACAUCCGGCGAUCUAAAGUAUCAGCAGUGCGAUAGAAUCAUCUUCCAGACCAAGAACUAUGACGAGCCCGAUGCCAGAUACAACAUCUGUAUAUCUCCCAUCUAUUUUAACGACAGGGAGUGUGCGGUGACUCUGGACUUUAAAAACAGUUUGUUUACUUCGCCUUUGAAGUCCUUUGAUUGUCAGAACCGGAUGGAUUUUAAAUUCUGUGUUCCAAACGGCGAGAAGUUAUAUGUGUUCUUGAACCUAAGUGAGGGAAAAUCAUUCGCACUGACCACCUUUUUAUUCCGCGUUGUGGCAGAGAGAACUGAUAAACCAACACCUGUUUUGGCGAUUGUUUUGGGAGUUCUUGGAGGUGUUUUACUUGUCGUGAUCGCAGCCAUCAUUUUCAUCGUUUACCGGAGAAGGAACAAACAACGACACUUAGUCACAUAAAAGUCAUUAAAUCAUUUUG